ACUACGGAAUCCGGAAGUCGAAUUUACCAUUACGGUCACCGUAUUCAAGACAUGAUGAGUAGGCGUGUUGAGAUCUUGUUGGAUAUUCGUAUCAUCCCGUCAGAAGUUGUGUAUUAUCGAUGGGUUCAAGUUCUAAAGGAGUCACUCUUGAUUUAUAAGGGGAAAAUCCAGAAGUGUCUACCCCGCACUCAUCGGCAUGACAUCCGAGUGGGAAUCAUGGAUCCCAGGGAGACUUCCGGUUGGCGUGAUCUCAUCCCAUGGGCUCACCUGAAUGACUUGGGAGGGCGAGAUUGGCACCGUGUUCUCGAGAGGUUGGAACGGAAAUGGUCUGGAUUCCCCUGUCCAUGGAUUGAUCCUCACUACCAACCUGAUUGGAGGUUGGCUCUCAAUCAGGCUCAACGUGAGGGCGUUACUCAUCUUUUGAUUUGGACCUGCGAUGAGGUGGAUGUCAUUGAUGACCAUACUUUCGCCGGCCAGAUAAAAGUGGUAGUAUGCCCAAUUAGCAAGACAAGCUCGUGGAGCUUGUCUCAAUUGAUCUCAUCAGAUUGGACCGAAAAUCCAUUGACAGCAGAAGCUAUUCGUCAAAAAAUGCUGACCUUCUUUUGUCGGGAGGAUAAGAUUGCUUGCCAACUGACAUUGCCACCCACAACUGGAGUAUCGGGCCAGUCGUCGUUAGUGAUAAGAGGUCUUCUACAAGAGCGACAUUUGAAUCCAUUAUCCCUCCCCUUUGAUAUGUGUCUCUCCAUGGCCGACGUCUCGAUGAAGAUGCGGGCAAAGCAGUCGAUUCUCCGAUUGGAGGCUUGUAGACUCGUAAAGCAAUCAGGCAUUUGUCAAUCUCUAAUCAUGAGUCCGCGAACGUUUGUGAUGACAGGGGCCAACGGCUCAUGUCCCAAUGAGUUUGCGACUCUUUGCCAGUUCUUGGCUCGAGAAGAUACUGUUAUGCUGGUUAGAUCACGGGCAAAUCCAGGUGUUUUUGCCCUCUUUCCUACCAUGGGACAAGUCCUGAUAUUGAAGGCUCUAGUUUCACGUGAUUUACUCGUGGAGUUGCCCUUGCGUGCUCCCAAAGUAGAACUUGAAGCGAAUAUCCAAGUGGAAAGCGCCUUAAACCAAUUAAGUCUCGAUCUCUGCUUUGACCCAUCCGUACGGCCAAGGCGGAUGUCAAAGUAG